AUGAUUGUCCCGCAAUCACCUCCCAAAAUCAAGCAGCGACUCCGGGUUGAGACCAAUGAUGCUCAAAGGUCAAAGGUUAUUACUUUGUUUGAACUCGGACUCACCUAUAGUGAGAUUGUUGAGCGGACAGGAUUGAAAAAAACUACGUGCUGGAAUAUUGUGAAAAGGGAUAAAGAGAGACGUGUGCCUGGGUGUUUGACACCUUAUACAGCUAGUGCACCUAGGAGUGGUCGACCCGAGAAGCUAAACAGAAGGGAAAAGAGAUAUUUAAUCUCACUAGCCAAACGCAGCCGUCGCAUGCAUUUGAGUAGUAUACUCACGAAAAGUCUUACUACGAAGAUUUCAAUGAAAACAACCCGCAAAUACCUCAAACAAGGCGGCCUACACAAGCGAAGAGCGAAACGGAAGCCGUUCCUGUCAAAAACUCACAAACUAAGACGUAUGCUCUGGUGUAAGGCACACAAACACUGGACCAUGGAGGAUUGGGGGGAGGUGAUUUGGACCGACGAAUCGCGAUUUGAAGUAGGAUUUCACGGUGGCACAUGCUGGGUGUGCCGAGCACCAGGAGAGGAGGAUAUGUCUGAAUGCCUAUUACCUACUUUCAAAAGUGGACGGACAUCUGUUAUGAUUUGGGCGUCGAUACAGCUAGGAAACAAGGGUCCAAUGGUGAUUCUCCCUACCGGUGGACUAGGCGGCAAACAGUAUGUUGAGUUAAUCGUCGAACCGGCGCUACACCCCUUCUACAAGGAACGAUACAGAGCUACACAUGAGGCAGUAGUAAUGGAAAAUGGCGCACCUCCCCAUCGUUCUAAACUAGCACAAGCUGCUAGAAACCGACUACAUAUCCAAAAGCUACCUUGGCCAGCACAAUCACCUCACCUCAACCUUAUCGAGAACCUAUGGCGAAUAAUGAAAGCCCGAAUCAACAGGAGAAUUCCUACUAUUACUACUGGACCCGCAUUGAGGCAGGCGUUGCAGGAGGAGUGGGAUAGGUUCAUACCCGAGGACUUUAGAAGACUGAUAGAAAGCAUGCCAAAAAGGGUCAAAGAAUGCCUCAGAAACAGAGGCGGGUCUACACACUACUAA